AUGGCUGAAACUGAAGUAGCUGUCAAUCCAAAAGCCUACCCGUUAGCUGACGCUCCACUUACUGCAAAGAUCCUAAAUCUUGUGCAGCAGGCUGCUAACUACAAGCAGCUUCGCAAAGGUGCUAAUGAAGCCACUAAAACUUUGAACCGUGGUUUAUCAGAAUUCAUUAUAAUGGCGGCAGAUGCCGAGCCUUUGGAAAUUGUUUUACACAUUCCAAUACUAUGUGAGGACAAGAAUGUGCCAUAUGUGUUUGUAAGAUCAAAACAGGCAUUGGGUAGAGCAUGUGGUGUCUCGAGACCGAUUGUUGCAUGCUCUAUUACAAUUAAUGAGGGCUCACAAUUGAAACCGCAAAUUCAAAGUAUUCAACAGGAGAUAGAAAGACUCUUAGUGUGA